AAUGAGAUUUUUCUGUAGAGCUAGUUUUAUUUUUUUGUUAAUACUCUGAAAUGUGCUUGCCUUGGCAGAAUGCCUGGGAAAUUACUUUCUCAAAGCAGGGUUUAGAAUGGAACGAUUGAUGCCACUAUGAGUCCUUUUGGUCAAGGAGAUUGUGAAAUGUGUCUUACCCAAAAUAUAUGUUUUGGGGUGACAUUCACCAGAGCCCUGCUUGAUUUCAGGAAGGGUUCAGAGUAGAACUGACUUGAGAUGUAUCUCAGUUUCAGGAUGACUUCUUGAAAUGCUCUAAUAUUCACUGUUUGGAUCACAGUAUCUGGAAAAUGUCUGUGUCCUCCAAAGCUUAGUCAAGAGCUUGUGAACAUCUGUGAUCAUUUGGGUCAGGUCUUUCCAUUUGGUUUUGCAAAGGGUUCCAAAGUACAUGUGACUGUCAGGGUGCUUCCCUGGGGACCCCAUGGACAGGUUCUGCUUUGAAGGUUUGAGUUUUGGGGAGGCUGUGGUUUGCAGGAGAAUCAUGACCAAGGAGGAAGUGACAGGAUGAAAGCACAAGCCAGAAGUGUGAACAUUUCUCAUGGUGCUGGGUCAAGACAGAGCCCAUCUCUGGGCUGGGGCACAGCCACGGCCAGGUAACCUCCAUGCUAACCAGAACUGUUUCCAUCAAUGUGUUUCCUGGUUUGCCCUGGUCUGCAAACUGCAGCUUGGAAGAGCAAAAAACAGAACUUGCAUGUUCAACCCGUAACAUAGAUGUGGGAUGGAGACAGGGAAUAGUUCUGGUGAUUUGAAAGGGCAAAUGAAUUGAUAGGGAAGUGUUUCUUUGAUGAGCUGUUAAGAUAGGCUUUACUGUGAACCACAUGCCUGCCUAAUGAAUGUCUCCUCAGGAAAAGCUUUGUCAGGCUGAGGAGAGGUCCAUUGAGAUGGCUUCAAAAUAACAAUACUUUGUGCAGCCACCUUGCUGAUGGGAACCUAAGCUCAAAUCUCUAUCCUGCCUGACUUGUUACAAACAUUUUUUUAAUGCAACCCUCGAUUUCAUCAUAAUGCAAUCUGGGACAUUUCUGAAAAUGCUCAAAUCAGCUUUUCACCUUUAAGUUGGUUAUAUGGAUUCUGCUAGAGAUGUUGGCCCUUGAAAGCUGUUAACCCCAUAAGGGCUGAUGGUCAGAGUCCCAUAUCUCUGAAAAUGUCCACGGGUUCUUAUGUCCGUGAGGUAGGUGUUGUAUUGUGGGACUUAGGGACAUGGGGAUCUCUGGAAGAGGGUUGUUUGUGAGCAUGAACUUGUGGAGCCCACUAGGCUCCCAGCAGCUGGCUGUGUUGGGAAACAGUAGUCGUUGGCUUGCUGUGGACCACUGCAGCUCACCCUGUACUCUCAAGACAGUGCCAAAGACACAAGGAUGUUAUGAAAGGUAUUAAUGCUUUGCACAAAUGUUUUGUUUUCUGGGGGCUGGUGCAGAAAUUCAAAUGGUCAGAACACACUGUGAAUCUUGGCAGAAUUAUGCUGACAUGGUUGCUGCUCAUUUCACUGCUGAAAGUGCAGGGAAAUCUCUGUUCUCCAGCCGGCUCUUGCUAUGUGAAUGUGGCCAAAAAUAGUAAGGAAACAGCAUUCCCAUCUAGUUCCCUGAGAGGAUGUUGAACUGGUUUGUGUAGCAAAGUGAUUCUGAUGUUCUCUGGAGGUUUUCCCAUGGAGACCUGUGCAGUUAGACUUGGACCCCUCUGUUUUCCUGCUCUGUGGUUGAAGUGGAGCUACAGCAGAUGCAGGGAUCUGUUGGAUCUGUCUCAGUUCCCUGGCACGUGUUCCCUGGCCCUGCUGAAUCAUCGGAACUUGUGCCUGGGCACAAUUGCUCUCUGUCAGCUGCAUCCUGGGAUUAGAGCAGCAUGGCUGGUGCCCAGGAUAUUUUGCUAAGGUCUACAAAACCAAUAGCACUUUUCUGUGAGUCCAAGUGUAAACAUAACAAAAUUUACAAGCUGAUGGAUUUAUUUUUUUUUCCUGGUUAGCCCAUGGGAUCUAAAUCUGUCGCUGCAAAGAGGAGAAGGCUUGCUACUGGUUUUAUGGGUUUUUUUCCUGGACCUGGGAGCACUGGCAGCCUCGCAAUAAAACUUAGGGGCCUGCUGGGUGUUUGGCUCCAGAAAGAAGGCUGCACACACGUGUGUGUGAUCCUGAGCGAUGCAUUGGCCCGCUGCUGCUUUUCUGCCCCCCACUGCUUUUCUGGGGAGCUGAUUGCCCCAUCCAAAGCAGAGGUGACUCUUGCUGCUGUCCCAGUGACACUGAGACUUUGGGGAAAGCUAAGCUGGGUCCUGGUGUGUGCAGCACUGCCAAACGAUGGCCUCACUGACCAUCGGCGCUCCUGUUGGCAGCCACAGCUUGUUCCACUUGCCACUUUCCUGGAGUUCCAUUUCAGUGCUUCUCUGAGUCUGUAACACCCUGUGCCCAGUGUUUGCCUUGGGAAGUGGUGUUUCUGUUCCUGUGAGCUCCUCCCUCAUCAGCCCUGUUCUAUAAUUACUGAUGUUCCUGAAACCAGAUCCUUCCACGUGUCCUGCUCAGGUCUGGGAGGACAAGAGGUCCUUAAGCAAACCAGCAGCCCUGGAGUACAGCCAAGAGAACUUCAGCAGUAUGGGAAAGCAUCAUCUUACAGUGGUUCAGUGAGUUCUGAGCCUUCAACCUCUCCUCACCUUCAGGAUGGUUAAGGAAAGGGGAGUAUAUCCCAGACAGCUUCUCUAGCAUGUGUGUGCUGGGUUUGCAGUGUGAUGCCAAAGCAUUACCACAGCUUCACAGCCACCUCUACUUGUGCCCUGGGCUGUGGGGGGAUGAUUCUCUCUCCUUGCCAGUCUUAGUGGUCUUCUCAAAUAGCAGCACUUCUGUGCUGUUUCCAGCACUGAGAAGCCCCAGUGCUGUCACCUUUCCAGUACCUGCUCGUUUCCUGGCUGCUGUUGUUCCAGUGGGUCAGACCCACAUGCCCCUCCUGGCCCUGGGUGCUCUGGGCUGGUGUGAGUUGACAGCAAAGCACAAAUGCCAGUCAGCGCCCAUUUAUUUGCUGAAAGUCUUCCUGGAAAUGGCUUGUACAGGAAUGUAUAACAGGAGAAGGUGGUCACGAGAAGUGUGGGGUGCUGACUGGGGGCUGGGCGGGCCAGACCUGCAAGUGUGACUGCGAACAGGUGCCAAAAUCCAUAAUACAGGAAUAAACAAUGACACUUGGCACUGAUCGAUUGCUCUGCACUUCCAAAACGUUCUGUCUCUGUGAGCUAACGCAGCAAGGGGAGGAUCAGGAAUGAAGCACUGUAGAAGUCCUAGGUUUGUUUUUUUGUGGUGAGUCUUGGUUUUGUUUGUGGGUUUUUUGAUGAUGAAGGAAAUGGAGGUAUGGGACUUGACUGAAUUUGCUGAAGGUUGUGGAGCAGCACUUCAAAUAAGAGCUAACAACUGUGCAGCUCUUCCCUGCAUGUCCUGCUGCUGCCCUUCUGCCAAUGGCAGCCGUAGAGCCUGAUAAGGGCAGAGAGUCUCUCCACUGGGAAGGUGUGGAGGGAUGAUUCCUCUGUCUCUCAGUAAUCUGCCAUCUCUAGAUUUCCGAGCAUAUCUUAUUCAUGCUUGGACCUGCUGGAGCCAGGAAUGGCUGCAACUCCUGGAGGCCAAGCAGCCUGGCAGACCCUCCUUUGCACAUGGCUGAGAGUUCAGUGCCCAAAGUCUGAUUUGUUCCUAUGUCUGCGAUACUUCUUGUGCUCUUAACAAACCCAGCACAGGCGAGAAAGCAGUUCCUUUUGCAGCAAAGUGCUGUGACCUUUUUUGGGUAACAGCAUCAAUCAUAGUAUGAAAGGAGAAGAAUCCGUUGAGUUUUGUAAUCUUUUUAACAAGUUUUUUUUUCCCCUCAAUGCCCAGGAAGUGGGUGAGUUAAAACACGCAGCAUAUGUGUGAUUCAUUUUGGCAAGCCUGGCUUCUCAAGGCAGUCGAGGGAAUCUCCUGCACCGUGUCACAUGUCCCUGAGUAAUUAGCAGCAGCACGGUAAUGGCAGCUCUGGCAGCACCCUGCUGCUUAGUCAGCUGGGCUCAUGCUUGGGGAAACACAGGUGGUCAGGCUUGGAGAGAGAAUCACAGGACUGGACUCUGGGGCACGGCCCAACAUCUGAGCAAGCGCUUCAAGGGGAAAAAUCCGGCCCAGAAUAUCCAUCCUGGUCAGGGCUGCAUGGCAAGGAAGAACCUAUCUAGCUCCAGUAGUCUGUUUUUGUGUGUAGCCUGCCUUGCAGCCAAGACUUUGAGUAAGGGAGGAAGCACUCAUCUAAUAAGUGCUGCUGGGAUCUCAUUGGCUAAUGUGGGGGCAUGCUGAUCUUCCAGGAACAAACACAAACAUGUUUUCAGUGUUUGUCUCUCCUGUUUUGUACACUUAGUUACCUUUCCUGUAUUGCAGCAUCUGCUUAGCUCAUAUUUGGCUUUUAUUAGUGGUAGCUGACGUGAAGGAGGAGGAACAGAAACUGGUACUUGCUCAGCAGAUCUUGGAAGCAGUGACACAACCUGAGGGGAGUCUGCCAAGAGGUGGUCAACCAGCAGUAAUCACAUCUCCUGUAUGGAUUCAGGUCAAUUUUGGAUUCAAAAUAUGCUUCACAGCACUGCCCUACGGAGGGCUGAGUUCUCAUCUCACCCAUUCUGCUUCUGUUGACUGUGAAUUUGGCUAACAUUUUUGUCCAGAGGAAUAAAAACACAAGUCAGAAGUGCUCCCAUGAUAAAUUGGUUUCCUUUUACAGUUCCUGGUGACCUCUUUUACGGCUAGCAGGAACAGCCUGGUGGGGUCCAUCUCGGAUAGACACGGAUGAUGCCAGAGCUAUGACAGGGAUUGCAGUCUUGGCACUGAGGGGUGAUCAAUUAUGGAACAACUACAGGAGGAAGUACCUGAGGUCAAGGAAGAGGAAGAGGAAGAGGCAGUGAUGGUGGCAAGCAGAGCCUCGGACCCAACUGGAGGACCAGACAGCUCGCUGCCUUCAAGCAGCUACACAGACGUGUCACAGAGCUCCUCUCCCUCGCUGUCGGACCAGCUGCAGGUGGGCUGUGAGGAGGCGGCCCUGGGAGCGCUGAACGUGGAGUGCAGAGUCUGCGGGGACAAAGCCUCGGGGUUCCACUACGGCGUGCACGCCUGCGAGGGCUGCAAGGGUUUCUUCCGCCGGACAAUCCGCAUGAAGCUGGAGUACGAGAAGUGUGAGAGGAGCUGCAAGAUUCAGAAGAAGAACCGAAACAAGUGCCAGUACUGCCGCUUCCAGAAAUGCCUCUCCCUGGGCAUGUCACACAAUGCAAUCCGCUUCGGGCGCAUGCCAGAGGCAGAGAAGAGAAAGCUGGUGGCAGGGCUGACAGCGAGCGAGAUCAGCUGCCAGAACCCGCAGGUGGCUGACCUGAAAGCUUUCUCCAAGCACAUCUACAAUGCCUACCUGAAGAAUUUCAACAUGACCAAAAAGAAGGCAAGAGGUAUCCUGACCGGGAAAGCCAGCAGCACCCCACAGCCUUUUGUGAUCCAUGACAUGGACACCUUGUGGCAGGCAGAGAAGGGGCUGGUGUGGAAGCAGCUGGUGAAUGGCAUUCCCCCCUACAAGGAGAUUGGGGUGCACGUCUUCUACCGCUGCCAGUGCACCACGGUGGAGACUGUGCGGGAGCUCACAGAGUUUGCCAAGAGCAUCCCCAGCUUCAUAGGCCUCUACUUGAACGACCAAGUGACUCUGCUCAAGUACGGGGUGCACGAGGCCAUCUUCGCCAUGCUGGCGUCCAUCAUGAACAAGGAUGGGCUGCUGGUGGCCAACGGGAACGGCUUCGUGACCCGUGAGUUCCUGCGUAGCCUGCGCAAGCCCUUCAGUGAGAUUAUGGAGCCCAAAUUUGAGUUUGCUGUGAAGUUCAAUGCGCUGGAGCUGGAUGACAGUGACCUGUCCCUGUUUGUGGCAGCCAUCAUCCUGUGUGGAGACCGUCCUGGCCUGAUGAACGUGAAGCAGGUGGAGGAGAUCCAAGACAACAUCCUGCGAGUGCUGGAGUUUCACCUACAGGCCAACCACCCGGAUGCCCAGUACCUCUUCCCCAAGCUGCUGCAGAAGAUGGCAGAUCUGCGGCAGCUGGUGACAGAGCAUGCCCAGCUGGUGCAGAAGAUCAAGAAGACAGAGACAGAGACAUCUCUGCACCCACUUCUGCAGGAGAUCUACAAGGACAUGUACUAAGGACCUGUUAUUUAUGAGAAUGAAGCCAUGGAUUCCCAUCAAGACUCUUUGUACAGAAACAAAGAAAACCCUUCCCUGUGUCUUCCAUUUCUUCUACUGGAAACUCUUUUCUACGUGACCCUGACAUACGGUACGUAGGGCAAGAUGCUGUCACGAUUUGCAGCUGCCUCCUGCUCGGCCAGGGCUUCCAUUAACACACACUAACAGAUCUCCACAGCUGCUGCUUCCGUUACUGCGGCCCAGCUCCAGCUGCUCCGGGGCCUCUGGAGCGGCCGCCCGGUUUACAUGGCACAGGCAGUGGGGUUCUUACAGCACCCCAGGUCCCCAAGGUGGGAGGAGCUCUGGUCCUUAGGAGACCCGAGCGAGGUGCAGGGGUCCGGUGGGACCAGCAGCAGCACUUACAGCGUGUCUGUAUUUUCUUGUUUGUUUGCACUCCGAAGACAUAGUCCUGAGCCGUGAAGUCUGGGACAGUUGUGAUGUGAAAGGAUGUUUCUCUCUUUCCCAAAGAAAAGCCAGAGUAUUUGAACACGGGUAGGGCUGUCCUAGCAGGGACCCUCAGCAGCAGCCCCCUGUGCUGUGCAGUGUGUUCCUGUCUCCCAGAGGGACUGUGCGAGCUCUGCCUUCCUGAGUGCUGUGUGGGAACCUGUGCUCCUGGCACCCUGAUUCCAGAGGGAAUGUGUUCCUUGGCACCUCAGUAUGAGAGGAGGGAUGGGGAGGUGGAAGGGAAAGGAUUUGACUCGUUAAAAUUCACCUUCACAGCAGAGGCUGGAAUUUGUGGCUUCCACAGGCUGUUCUGCACAGCUAUGAGUUACCAAAAAGGUCUGUGCAGGGUCAGGGGCUUUGGGCUGGUCAGGGUUUGGUGUCCUGUCUCAGUUUGCCCUGUGAAAGGGACCUGGAUUGUCACCGGCUCUCUGCUUCGAGGGGGAGCAAAAGGAUCCUUUAGUGCAUUGGUUGCAAAGAGCUUUACAGCUGUAAACCCCAGUAUAAAUGCCAAGGAUUUAUAAACUGGGAGGGAGUGGGUAGGAUGCUCACAAUGGGCAGGAGCUUCCCAGAGAGCACAGCCAGGUUGGGGAAGCUGCCAGUCCUCCUCUGCCACUGUCCCGAGAGCUGGGACAGCUCCAGGCUUCAGGGUCUGCCUAAACCCAGCACCGUUUUGGGACUUUACCUCAUAACUUCUCGCAGCUGUAGUGAAACGCCAUAGUGCUGCCUGGGCUGGGCUGGGCUAGGCCCCCAGUGUGAAGGGCUGCAUCACCUGAGCUCGAGGGGAGAGGAUGGACCCGGGAAGGGCUCAGUUUCCCUCUCAGGAUGAUGGUGUCUGACCUAAGUAGCAGCACUUACUUGUCUGCAGCUCCUGGUCCUGUGUGUCCUGAGCAGCCUUAUUAAAAUACUGAAAUCCCCAAGGAGGGGUUGUGGGAGCAAAUUAGUCGGUUUUAUUUUACUUUCCUUGUCUUCAGGGUAGCAGAUUUCCCUGGUGCAAUAAUUCCUUUAAAAAACCCAAAGGGGAAGAGCACUGGGCUUCCCCACCCCGUCACAGGGCUGGCGAUGGCCAAACCUGCCCCUGCUGCCGCACUCCAGCCCUUUGCUGUGCCUCAGUUUCCCUGCCCAGCCCCUCCCUUCCCUACCUUGCAGGGGCGUUAGGAGUUACCAUUUCUGAAGCACUUUGAAGCCCUCUCCGGGAGGGCACUGGAGAUAUGCGUGUGCUGGAUGGAGCCCAGGGGAUUUGCCCAUCCCAAAGCCCUGGUGGCAUCCCCACCACAGCCACAUGCAGGACUUGUGCCCAUCACCUGGGGAACUUUUUGCUCUUCCUUCCUCAACAGUGUAACAACCCUCAAACUGAAAUGUAUAUUUUUGCUAGAAGUACAAACCUCCAAGUGUUUUUAAUAAUAUAAAUAGUGUCCACAAACUGACUUGACUUUAAAUAAAUCUGAAUUAAAUAUUUAAGAA